UCUUUAUUACAUACCCCAUUCAUUAUUUAUCUGCUGCUUCAUAUUCAAACUGCUUCACUUCUGAAGAUAGAUAGUGAAGCAACCUAUCAAGAGCCCAAUUGCUUCAUAUAUACCAUUCUUUCAUUUUUUUUUCCUUUAGAAAUACUCAGCUAGACACUUCAAGAACUUGGUAUAUUUAAAAAGGGGUUUGGGUGUUUAUUCUUUCACCACUUCUCCAAUGGGGAAAUUAGCUUUGUUUCAUUUGCUUUGUGGAAUCUUGAUUUUUUGGGCUGUCUCUGUGGUAAAAGCAGAGGAUCCUUAUAAAUACUUCACAUGGACUGCCACUUAUGGAAUGGCUUCUCCAUUAGGUACUCCCCAGCAGGUAAUCCUUAUCAAUGGUCAAUUCCCUGGUCCUAGGCUUGACCUUGUCACUAAUGAUAAUAUCGUCCUCAACUUGAUUAAUAAGUUGGAUGAGCCCCUUCUUUUGACAUGGAACGGAAUCAAACAGAGAAAGAACUCUUGGCAAGACGGUGUUUUGGGAACAAAUUGUCCUAUUCCUCCAAACAGAAAUUACAUUUACAAGUUUCAACCUAAAGAUCAGAUUGGGAGCUAUAAUUAUUUCCCUUCAACUCAACUGCACAGAGCUGCUGGAGGUUUUGGAGUGCUUAAUGUUUAUGCUAGAUCUGUAAUCCCCGUUCCAUAUGCAAAACCUGCUGGAGAUUUCAGUUUGCUUAUUGGUGAUUGGUACAAGACUAGUCAUAAGGUAUUGCGGCAAAUAUUGGAUUCAGGGAAGUCUCUUCCCUUCCCAGAUGGUCUCCUUGUAAAUGGCCAAAAGCAGUCAACUUUCACUGGCGAUCAAGGCAAAACAUAUAUGUUCAGGAUUUCAAAUGUGGGUUUGAAAACAACCAUUAACUUCAGAAUUCAGGGCCACAAGAUGAAGCUGGUAGAGGUUGAAGGAUCACAUGUCAUUCAAAAUUUAUACGAUUCUUUUGAUGUCCAUGUUGGUCAAUCUUUAUCUAUCCUUGUCACAUUGGAUCAAUCACCAAAGGACUACUACAUUGUUGCAUCUACAAGGUUCACGACAACUGUUCUUACUUCCACCUCAGUGCUCCACUACACAAACUCUCAAACACCCGUAUCUGGACCUGUGCCAGCUGCUCCAGUUAAUCAAUUUCAGUGGUCGUUGAUGCAAGCCAGAACAAUCAGGUGGAAUCUGACAUCAAAUGCAGCUAGACCAAAUCCUCAGGGUUCAUUCCAUUAUGGAAAAAUUACACCUUCAAGGACAAUUUUGCUUGCAAACUCUGCACCACUUAUCAGCGGGAAGCAGAGAUACGCUGUCAAUGGUAUCUCUUACAUAAAUCCUGACACUCCUCUGAAGCUUGCUGAUCACUUUAACAUCCCCGGAGUGUUCACUUUGGAUUCCAUUCGAAGUGCUCCCACUGCUGAUUCUCCACACCUAGCUACAGCUGUGUUGCCAUCUUCUCUCCAUGAGUUCCUCGAAAUCGUUUUCCAAAACAAUGAAGACACAAUGCAAUCUUGGCAUCUUGACGGUUAUGAUUUCUGGGUCGUAGGUUUCGGAUCAGGUACUUGGACACAAGCUAGUAGAAAAGGGUAUAAUCUUGUUGAUGCUCUUACUAGACAUACUACACAGGUUUAUCCAAAAUCUUGGACUGCUAUAUAUGUGUCUUUGGACAACCAAGGAAUGUGGAAUUUGAGGUCUGCAAUGUGGGAUAGACAAUAUCUUGGACAACAGGUUUACCUGAGGGUAUACAAUCCAACAGCCAGUUUAGCUAAUGAAUAUGACAUACCUACCAAUGCUCUUCUCUGUGGCAAAGCUGCUGCUCUUCGACAUCCUUAAUUUGGUUUCAUAUUUUUGUUUUCUUGGUCAUAAGAGGUUGACUACAAGAGAUGCCGGCAAAAGAAACUACUUGCUCCACAUGUUGGCAAGCAAAUAUUUUGUGAGUAACUUCAUAUUUGAUGUUUAAGAUUUUACUAUAUUUAUGGAACCUUGGCCAAAAGAUUUAUUAAACAGCCUUAUGAAACAUUCCAUGAUAAAUGAUGUAUAAGGCCCGAUGAACAUGAAAGAUGAGUUCUUUUAACCACCAAUAUGUUGGAUCCA